AUGGGAGAAAUAAAUAUACAAGAUGUUACUGCUUUUGCAAGAAAUGGCAACUUCGACCGAGCAAAAAUGGGAGAGCUACUAGGAAUGCAAAACUAUGAUAUGGAUUUAGAAAAUGUUAAAGAUGUAACUCAAAUUUUUCCACAAUUGGUUCAAAAUUUGCAGCUAUUUGACAAUGAUAUAAUAUGCAUACCUCGUAAUACACUUAAUUUCUUGCAAUGUUUGGCUUAUCUCAAGAUUGUAAAUAUGGAAUAUUUCGGAAGUGAAGAAAUCAUCGAAUUCAUCGUUAACCAUAUUGACUUUCAUGAUCCACUAAUAGGCGCAGACUUUGUAAGGCUUUUAAACGUUUUACACGAUGCAAAUGUUCCAAUAGUAGAAACAGCAAUUAAAUACCAAGUUUUCGAUCAUAUCUUCGAGUUAUUCAAAUCAUUAGGCGAUGGAGAAGAUCCAUUUUUCGAAAAUCAUAUCGAUUAUAUUUUGGAUGGUAUUUUAGUAUUCAUUGAAAUCGUUAUCGAACAAAUUGAUGAAAAUACUGAUACAGAGAUUCUUUGGAAUUUCGGAAUUUCUUUAAUUGACCAUCCAAUUAAAUCUUCUACGACAAUUGGAUCAGGAUUUGCAAUUCUUAAGAUGUUAUCUAAAUCUAAUCAUCGCGGAGAAGUUAAUGAAGAGUUUUUAGAUAUAAUAAGUUCAUUUUCUAACGAUGGUCGAACAAUAUUAGAGCAAUUAUUCGAUUUUCUCGUUUCAUAUGGUCCAGAUAUCAUAAUCGCUCUUAAUGAAACUGAUUUCUUUCCAUCAUUGAUCGAAAAUCUUAGUGAUAAUCUCGAAUCAGCUCCAUCAAUCUUGUAUUUCUUUGGAGACGUAGAAUAUCGAGUUGAUGAAGAAACGUUUAACUUAAUUUGCCAAUAUAUUACUCAAAAAUUCUCUUUCAGACUCAGAUCUGCUUCAAUUUUUUAUAUUAAAUACUACAUUCAAGGAUUUAAUCAACAACAAAUGGGAAGUUUGGUUAAUACUAAUAUACUAUCUGAUACCAUUGAUAUUAUGUCUUGCCAAAACACUCCUGUUGUUGCAGACUGCGUUUCCUUGCUUUUCAUAUUAGUUCAGACAUGGUCAAAGUCAGGAAUCAAAAUUGCUGAUAUUUGUAAUGUAGAUGAGUUAGCAGAGACCUUGACUUCGAUUCAAUCUGAAGCUCCACAAGAAACUGAUGAAAAGAUACAGGGCAUCCUUGACCUGCUUUAA